GGCUGCUGGUGGCCGUUUCCUGCUGGCCUGGCGGCGGCGGCUGCACGGGGCGGGCGGGAGGAUGCGGCGCAGGUCUCGGCUGCUGCUCUGCUUCGCCUUCCUCUGGGUGCUGGGCAUCGCCUACUACAUGUACUCGGGGGGCAGCGCCGCGCUGGCCGGGGGCGGCAGGAAGGAGGACCCAAAUGACAUUGAUGCACUAAAAAAGAAAGACCCUCGCAGUAACAAUGGGGAAGACAAAGCACAAAGCGUGGAGACCCUACCUCCAGGAAAAGUUCGAUGGCAAGAUUUUGAUCAAGACAGUUACGUUGGUGUUACUAUGGUCCGAUCUGGGCAGGACCCAUACGCUCGUAAUAAGUUCAAUCAAGUAGAAAGUGACAAACUGCAAAUGGACAGAAACAUACCUGAUACCAGGCAUGAUCAGUGUCAACGGAAACAAUGGCGGAUAGACCUGCCAGCCACUAGUGUAGUGAUCACCUUCCACAACGAGGCCAGAUCUGCUUUACUUCGAACUGUUGUCAGUGUGCUUAAAAAAAGCCCAUCACAUCUUAUCAAAGAAAUCAUACUGGUGGAUGACUACAGCAAUGAUCCUGAGGAUGGUGCUCUGUUGGGGAAAAUUGAGAAAGUGCGGGUUCUUCGAAAUGAUCGUCGAGAAGGCUUGAUGCGCUCCCGUGUCAGAGGGGCAGAUGCAGCACAGGCUAAAGUACUGACGUUCCUGGACAGUCACUGUGAAUGCAAUGAGCACUGGCUGGAACCUCUUCUGGAAAGAGUUGCUGAGGACAAGACCAGAGUUGUGUCUCCUAUAAUUGAUGUAAUUAAUAUGGACAACUUCCAGUACGUGGGGGCGUCAGCUGAUUUAAAAGGCGGCUUUGAUUGGAACUUGGUGUUCAAAUGGGAUUACAUGACACCAGAGCAAAGAAGAGCAAGACAAGGAAACCCAGUUGCUCCCAUAAAAACACCAAUGAUAGCUGGCGGGUUGUUUGUGAUGGACAAAUUCUAUUUCGAAGAGUUAGGAAAGUACGAUAUGAUGAUGGAUGUGUGGGGUGGAGAAAACUUAGAGAUUUCAUUCAGAGUGUGGCAGUGUGGAGGGAGCCUUGAAAUUAUCCCAUGCAGCAGAGUGGGUCAUGUAUUCCGCAAGCAACAUCCUUACACCUUCCCUGGUGGGAGUGGUACUGUGUUUGCAAGAAAUACACGUAGGGCAGCAGAAGUGUGGAUGGAUGAGUACAAAAAUUUCUAUUAUGCAGCAGUGCCUUCAGCCAGAAACGUACCUUAUGGCAAUAUUCAAAGCCGAAUGGAACUGAGAAAGAGACUUAGCUGCAAACCUUUCAAGUGGUAUCUUGAAAACGUCUAUCCUGAGUUAAGGGUACCUGAUCAUCAAGAUAUAGCUUUUGGGGCUUUGCAGCAGGGUACCAAUUGCCUCGACACUUUGGGCCAUUUUGCAGAUGGUGUUGUUGGAGUUUAUGAAUGUCAUAAUGCUGGGGGAAACCAGGAAUGGGCCUUAACUAAGGACAAGUCAGUGAAACAUAUGGAUUUGUGCCUUACUGUUGUGGACCGAGCACCUAGUUCACUAAUAAAACUCCAGGGCUGCAGAGAAAAUGACAGUAGACAGAAAUGGGAGCAAAUUGAGAGCAACUCUAAACUGAGGCAUGUUGGCAGUAAUCUGUGUCUAGACAGCCGAAACGCCAAAAAUGGCGGUCUUACCGUUGAGGUCUGCAAUCCUUCUCUGUCGCAACAGUGGAAAUUCACACUUAAUCUACAGCAGUAGAAGGGCUUACACACAACGCCAUCUUGUUUCCUAGACAUUGGGCAAAGUUUUGAUUGAUAUAUUUCUUAAACUUUCCACGGAACUUAUAUACCUCAGUAUUCCAUCUUCGUCUGAAAGUAGGAGAGAACAAAGCUGAACACAAGGGAACCAAGGGGAUGUGGAACACUGCAAUUAUCUCACUGAACGUAGUGUAGCAAAGUUCCCUUCUGGUGUAAAGACUUCUCAGUUCCUGUCUGACUUCAGUUUAGUACUUGCACAGCAGAUGAUUAACAUCCCUAGAAACAAUUGAUGUACAGUAGAAAAUGGAUCUUAACACACAGAAGGAGGGAGGGGAAUGGGGCGGGGG